AUGAGCGAGAAGCCGUGCAGAAGAAAACCUUCACCAAGUGGGUGAAUUCGCACCUGGCCCGGGUGACGUGCCGGGUGGGAGACCUGUACAGUGACCUCCGGGACGGGCGGAACCUCCUGAGGCUCCUUGAGGUGCUGUCAGGAGAGAUACUGCCAAAGCCCACAAAGGGCCGCAUGCGGAUCCACUGCCUAGAGAAUGUGGACAAGGCGCUGCAGUUUCUGAAGGAGCAAAAAGUGCACUUGGAAAACAUGGGCUCCCAUGACAUUGUGGAUGGAAACCACCGCCUGACCCUUGGGCUGGUCUGGACAAUCAUCCUUCGAUUCCAGAUCCAAGACAUCAGUGUGGAGACAGAAGACAACAAGGAGAAGAAGUCUGCCAAAGACGCCCUGCUGCUGUGGUGCCAGAUGAAGACGGCAGGAUAUCCCAAUGUCAACGUACACAACUUCACCACCAGCUGGAGAGAUGGGCUGGCAUUCAAUGCCAUUGUGCAUAAGCACCGGCCAGACCUACUGGAUUUUGAGUCCCUGAAGAAGUGUAAUGCACACUACAAUCUGCAGAAUGUUUUCAAUCUGGCUGAGAAGGAACUGGGACUUACGAAGCUGCUGGAUCCUGAAGAUGUGAAUGUGGACCAACCAGACGAGAAAUCAAUCAUCACCUAUGUGGCUACUUACUACCACUACUUCUCCAGGAUGAAGGCUUUGGCCGUGGAAGGCAAAAGAAUUGGCAAGGUACACCCCACACAGGCUGCAGGCAGAAGGACUGGGCUGGGACCCCANCGCCUGGUGGAGAAGUACGAGUCCCUGGCCUCCGAGCUGCUACAGUGGAUAGAGCAGACGAUUGUGACCCUCAAUGACCGGCAGCUGGCCAACUCCCUGAGUGGGGUCCAGAACCAGCUGCAGUCCUUCAAUUCCUACCGCACAGUGGAAAAGCCACCCAAGUUCACCGAGAAAGGGAACUUGGAAGUCCUGCUCUUCACCAUCCAGAGCAAGCUGCGGGCCAACAACCAGAAGGUCUACACGCCCCGUGAGGGCCGGCUCAUCUCUGACAUCAACAAGGUCCUCAGCCUCCCUUCCUGUCCGCUGCACAUCACACUCCUGGCUCCAGCCCUGACCCCACACUCCUCCUGGCUGCCCGCGACCCUUG